ACUUCCUGUUAUUGUUGUCGCAUAUAAUAUUUAUUUAGGCUGCUGAAUGUAAAACAAAGGCAAAGGUCUCUUACAAUAAACGUAAUUUCCUUAUUUGUUUUAGUUACAUUGCGCGUUUUUUAAUUUAUUUUAUUGAUUAAUUAACUCAUUAGUCUACAUAUUUUACUCACCACACAUUCAUUUUUUGACGUAACAGUUGUGAGUUGACAAAUAUGACAACUAAUCACUCUGAGAGUCUGUGACUUGAGUCUGUGACUUCUCUGACAAUCAUUCAUUGUCUUUGUGAAUCAUUGUGAUUAUGACAGUGAGUUGACUUUUAAAAAUAGUGUUUAGUUAUUUUAAUUUACAGUUACACUAUGAGCUACUUACUGAACAUACACUAACUUACAGCACAAUCAGUCAGUCAAGUAAACUCAAAUUCAAAAUAGUCACUACUAAUAGUGCUAAUAGUGUCAUAUACUAGGUACUUUAAUACAAAUUAAAAAAAAAAUUGAAAUAAUUUUUUUAAUAACACAGUUAGUUAGAGCAAGUUUCAAAUUAAAAAAAAUGAAACCAGAAUCAACUUUUUAGCUGAAGUUCUUAUUGAGCUAAGAAUUUUUAAAUUUUAAGUGUGAGUUCGUUUGGUAUUUUUUACUAUGGACGAAACCUCCACAUCUUGUGACCUCAUUCCGCUGAUGGCGUCAUGCGCAAUGACUAUAUACUUUAUAUAAGGCAACGCAUCGCCUUAUCACUAAAAUACUGUUUAGGGUCGACUUAGUUUAAACUUUCAACUUUGGCACAUGAAUAAUUAAUUAAAACUUUCCCUGAAAUUGAACCAAUGGUAUAAUAGUUUUUGCACACGGCAAACUCUUAUGAAUGAAACUCUGUGGCAGUACUUUGAUACACCCAUUAUGCAAAUGGCUGUGAAUGGUUGCCAAUGACAACGUGUUGCACACCGUAAAUUCUGAUCAUUUAUAAUAUGGACUCUAUCGGGUUGUUAAAGCUCAAAUCAAAACAUUCCAGUUUAAAUGUCUUCAAAAUGCAUUCUGAAACACAAGUUAUCAAAUAUUUUGAUGUAAAUAGUGGUAAUAAAUUAAUAUUUCCUAAGUAUCUGCAACUUCCGCCAUUAAAAAGAGGGCGUGGCCCACCCCAUGGCAAAAUUAGGUUGAGCAAACUGCAUGACCUGCUGUGAACGCGUAGAAACAUGGCGUCUCUUGUAAAUAAUAUAUCGCUGUGAAAAUUGGCAUACAUGUAGAUCAAUACAUUCCCCAGAUGCAAAAAAAAUUUCACACACAUCGGAAAAAUAAAAACUCAGAUUUUUCGGCGCCAAUUGCCACUUCCGUUACACAAAAAGUUCUAGUCUCCCUUGAUUUACCGAUGUAUCUACAUAUACAUAUAGUAUCACUAAACUAAGUGCCUAAGACUUAAUAUAAAAUACUAUUACUAUUAAAUACAGUGGCCCUGAUCUUGGAAGAUACCUUCAACUUGACUUCAUUGAAAGUUUCAAUUUUUAAGCUCAUUCUCUGUUUCUCAAUUUAUGGGCUCAAAUGCCAUUCUUAUUUAGGGAAUUUGUGUUAAAAUUUUGUUCUUAGUAAUAACAGUGUAUAAAAUUGAUACACAAGUCGCAAAAUUAACACAUAUCCAAUGUCACCAUGUAAACCUGAAUGCAGAACUUCAAAUUUCCUAUCAGCCACACUAAGCCUAAGCAGCAUGUAAAUUUGUUUUCAAUAGGUUCAUGAUCAUGUCAUAAAAUAAUAGGUAAUCUAACACAUCAGCAUCAGGUAUUAAGAAAUCUCUUUGUUCCUAUUUGAAGUAUUGUUUAAACGGCUAUACUUUUAUUGAUGUCCGUUAAUAGUAAAGUGGAGAGAGGGUGACUGGGUAUUUAGUGGAAUAGAAAGAGAGAGCGGGAACUGUUUUCCUGUUGAAGUGCAAGACCGACAUUCAAUCACGUUACAGGAGUGCCAUAGAGAGAUAUAUCCCUUCAGGCUCACUUAUUUGUAUCGAACAGAGCUUAUAUUAACAUAAAUCAGAUCAGACUCAGAAUCUACCAACACUCUGUUGUGGUCCAUCUACAAAAUUUUGUUGAUCCAAAUGAAACUGGUGUCCACAGACAGAAUUUUGAAAAUAUGUGGAUGCCUGCAAAGCGCAAACCGAAAAGACAGUUUGGCACAAAGUGUGAUCUUGUCCCUUCAUAUUAUUGGUGCGCAAUUGUUUUUGUGGAGAUGAUAUAAACUCAAACUCUCUUUUCUUUUCAUAUAUUUAAUUUUAACAAAAAUUUCUUUCUAUUUUAAAAAAUAUUAAAUUGUUUUAAUUUUGCUAUUGAUUUUUUUUUAAAAUAUAUGUGCUGAAAUGAAUAUGCACAAUGUCAUAAAAACAUUUACCGGUACAUUUAAUUGGAUCAAUGAAAGAAUUUUCUCUUAACAAUAAAAGGAUAACCGCUUCAUAGCGCUUCAUACUGGAACAACAUGAUUUUUUUAAUACAGAUGCUCAAAAUUAGAUAUAAGUACCGGUAUUUUGUGCUUUACCAUUUUCUGAUAAUAUAGACAUAGUUCAGGAGUGAGGGAAAAAGGUUGGGUAAAAUUUUAAUGAAGAUACCAAUAUAUCAAAAUCUGUUAAUGUUACAAAUAUUUAAACUGGUAAAUUCUUUUUUUUAAUUAUUAUUUUUAAUGAAUUAUAUUUUAAAAAUUUUUUAGUUUUAGUUCAGGGGCAUGACAAAAUGAUUGGGUAAACUAAAAACCCAAUGAUGCUAGAAAUGUAAACAUAAAUUCUGUACUUAUUUAAAAAGUAAUGAAAUUUAGAUUUACUAUUUCCUAAAUAACAAUUUUUAAGGCUGCGUUCAUAAAUUUUUUGAGGAUAAAAUACCCUCGAGGUCCACAAAAUUAAUCUUCGCAGGCUUCACACCUGAUAUUACCUCCUUGCAAGGCCUACCAGGAAGAAGUGGACAUAAAAAGUUAAUGGAAGCUUUAAAAACUAGAGGAUAUUUAUGUUUGAUAGAUUAAAGGAUUAGGCAGUUCCGGCUCAUAAAAACAAGAACUCAGUACAGGAGCUCCUCAUUCCUGUCAAAGACAAUAAGGGACUGGAACAAGCUUCCAUUAGCAACAGUUGAGGCGACUACACUUGACACAUUUGCGUCUAUUUCCUCCUUUCUUCCAACCCCCAGUUCAUAAUACCAUUGCUGAGUAGCCCUUGCAACCAGUGAAGUAUCCCCAUCAAAACCAUGCACAGUUACAUUGCAAACCCCCCUGAAACAUAGGGCAGGAGCCAGAAUGAUCAAUACAUUGAUCAUGGCCCUCAAAAUAGAGAAGGAGGAAAUUCUUUUGUGAACAUUUGGAUCUAUUUUGAUGGAAAUUCCAUGUUGUGUGAUAAAUCCAUUUUUAGAUACUGAGGCAGGUUGGGGGUAGCUAGGCAUUUCCUUCAAAAAGUUAGUUCGUAUAGCAUUAAUUAAUUAAUUUAAUUAUAGUAUCACUGCUUUGCCAGGCUUUUCUUGUGCCCUGUUAUUUUAAGUUGCUGUAACAUAUUCUGUUGAUUAUUUACAUAAAUUUGUAAACAUAAAAAUAAAGAUAACUACAAAUGAAUUAUAGACAUCUAAAUGUUCUAUUUAUUAACAAUAAAGUUUAAAAAGUAUUCAUUAUAAGGUAAAUACAGUCUACUUAACUAAUAAUACAUACCUGUACUCUGUAACAUAUCCAUGGUAGAUGUUACAUCUGAUCAUAUGACAAGGUAAAAAAAGACUUUAAGUUACAGUUGGUAGUUAUCUCAUAGGGCUUAGGGGCACUCUUGAGCAUUCACACUUUACACAAAAUACGUUAGUUAGAAGAAAUGUAUUCUUUUCAGAAAAAUAUUAAAGUUAUGUAAUCUGUAGCUGGAAACCUAAAAUGCCUAGUCAAUUUUAAAAUCAAUUUAAUUUGUUCUAACAUUUUAUUUUUUACAUUUCAGGAUCAUCUUGGUUAGUUACAUAAUAUAAAAUGUAAAUCAGAAAUUAAAACAUUUGUUUACUAUUAUUCUUGAGUAUUCAUUGUCAUCAUGUCUGCCUUACAUAAUGGACUGAUAUCAGAGGAUAUGGUUAAAAAUGUUUUCGAUGCUUUGAAAGAGAACACAAUUUUGAGCCGUCAGGGUAAGAUGGAAAAGUUUUCCAAUAAAAAAGAACAGGAUUCAGACCACCUGUCAACAGCUGUGAAUGAUGCCAAUCAUUUAGACCCCAACAGAGAAAGAUGUGACACUCUACCAAACCUUAUACUGCCCCCCAAAAAAGAUUUACGCUACUCAGAUGAUGGACCAGUUGUUAAUGAGCAUGAUCUCCCCAAAGAGAGUUCACACUCCGGACACACUCUGGAAGGGGGCUCAAAAGGAGAAAUCAUUGACAUAAACAGUACAUUUGGUGGUGAGAAUAGGGUAGAGUCUAGUCCUUCUGGACAUGGUUUGGGGGAAAACGUUGCAGUUACUCCUGAGUUUACCAAUGCACAAAGACCAGAAAGUCUUUCACUACCUAAGCCUAUUCAAACCAUUGAGCAGGAACAAAAUAAAUUACAUUCUAUAAAUAAAAACCACACGGGUGAUAAUUUUCUGGAUGGGAAUAACCUGCCACAGAAUGUGAGUCAGCCUAUUGACAUACCGGAAGAAGGAGCUCAUUUCAUAGAUGAGAGCAACAGUUUGUCCAGCAGUUUGCCACAUGGUACCAUCAUGCGAAAAGGGGACAUGAUUCAGUUUGUAGCCGAUGAUCUACAGGAGAAAAUCAAGCAGAGUAGCCCAUUGUCAUUUGUUGGUAUGUAUGAAGUAUAAUUGUAUAAUUGAUAGUAAGCCAUUCUGAGAGACUUGAAAUUUAUUUAACUUUCAGUACAGACAUUUAAUAGGUCAGUUUAGACGAACUAUAGAAGAUAUUUAUUUAAUUAACUUUAUAAUUAUUUCUUUUAUUCAUUUAGCGCUCCAUAAUUAUAAUAUAUAUUCCAAUUUUUUUAUGUACCCCGUUGCAUUAUUAGCUAUAUUUUAAAGUUCACAUCAUUUCAUUCAAAAAUCUUUUACAUACUGGUAGGCAGAUGAAACAAAACAUAACGUUGAAUAGAAUAGGAUGAGACUUCAAAUGACUUUAAAAUCAUGUGCUUCUUGCUGAACAAAAGCAACAUUAGCACAGACUUAAGUUGCUAAGCUUACCUGAAAUUAUCCGCACAGUAAUUUUAAAGUUAAAUGUAUGAAUUUAUGUAUCAGGUAAUUGUUUAUUAGCUUAGUCGUCUAAAGUUUGGAUUAGGAAAUAAGAAACAAAGACAUAGCACUGCAUAGGGAACUUUUCAGUGUAUGUCUUUAGACAGUUCAUAUAAUAGGCAGUUCUCAUAUUGACAACCUCAACUUUUUCUGUAAUUAAGUGAUAAAUAGCUGAUAGAAUUAUUUUUGUUUUUGAUACCGGUAAUUACAUUUUGUUCUUAAUGUACCAGUAUUAGACUUUUGUUAAUCUAUAUAGGCCUACUUUACACAUGUAAAUAGGAUUUUUGUUGCUUAAAAUCAUAAAAAAGUUCAGAUGACUUGUCUUCUAAUAUAGUAAAUUCCUCCAUAUAAGCAGUUUGUAUGUAGCAAUGCUUUGGAAUAUUAGAUAAGAAGUCUAUUUAGUUUUCUGCAAAGAGUAAUUAUGUCUACCCUAUAAACACUUGAAAUGUGCCCCUUACCCCACUUCUUAAUAAUGUGAACGUUAAUCUUAAGAUGUCUUGGGACAAUCAGCAGUUACAUAAAUUUGACAAUCUGUUGAUUUAUUUAUAGACAUUUUGAUUCAUUGUGAUUAUUACAAAUUACUAAGCUUUACAUUUCUGUGGAUAACAUUUUGUUUAGAGAAUAUUACAGCAGAAUCUUAAUUAUUAUUUAAUGUCUUCAUAAAAUAAAUAUUUAAAUAUAAAUAUUUCAAAAACAAGUGUUUUAUUAAAAUAUAUUUUUAAAAAUGUUACCACUAUGUUAAAAUAUUUAAAAACAAUUUUUACAGCAAAAUAUUUCAAAACAAUUUUUAAACACAAGUAUUUCAAAAACAAUGUUCAUACACAAGUAUUUCAAAAAUAAUUUUUAUACACAAGUAUUUCAAAAACAAUUUUUAUACACUAGUAUUUCAAAAACAAUUUUUCAUGUCGUGUGUUCUAGAUUCUUGAUCUUUUAAUCCUCAAAUUUUAUUAGGCAUUAUAUUACAAGUGGUGUUUAAGUCUGUUAAUUGGCAAUUCAGAUCUCCCCCCACACACACACUCACACACUUUUUAUAAUAAACUUCAAAGGUUAAACUUCACGCAGUGACUUUGUACAUGUUCAAAUUACCCUCUUAAUUCAAUAAUCUUUACAUUUUUGCGGACAGUAUUAUAGAUUUUUAAAAUCUCCCAUCUCUUUAGGUUAUAUCAAAUUAUUUCAGAUUUUUUUAGGCUAAUAUCUGAUAGGUAUGCAUAAAAAAACUGAAAGUGUACUGACUGAUAACAUACCAAUUGCUUUUUACACCCGAAAUGUAUCUAAAUAUUAGUCAGAAUGUUAUCAAAAUGUAUGCAGAUUCUCAUUAUUGAACAUUAAAUGAUUUUUAUUCCAAUGCUAAGCCUCAGAAGAAUAUUUUUGAUCACACUGGAAUGAACUUCUAGUUCUUUGAUUUUUUAAGCUAAAUGUUAUUUUAAAAUGGAUAAAAAAGAAAAAUUUGAGGCUUUUUAAAUAAACAAAGGAUUUUCCUUUUUUCCCCAUAUAAUGAUUAAUGGUUUUUAAUGCUGUGAAAAGUGCUAUGUGGAUUUAAAAAGUGUUGGACUGCAAUAAAGCUUUAAAAUAAAUUAAUUAGACACGAACAAUUUGUGUCAAUGAAACAAUAUAAGUUUAGCUUUAUAAUAAUAGUUUUACAUAAUCACGAGCAUACGUUUCGGCACAUGGCUUCUAAUUGUGUCUAAUUAAUCUAUGUGAAUUUAAUACCACUCUUGAUAAUCGGAAGGAUUUUUUAAUAACAUGAAUCAAUUAAGACAAAUUAAAACAAGUGCUCUGAAGUUUAUACGUCCUACAGAUAAGUUUGGUAAGGCCCAUAUAAUUAUCAUUUGCAUUAUCUUUAAAAUAUGUUAAUUAUGUUGAAAAAUUUUAGCUCAACUUUGUGACAAAAUGUCAUGCUAAACUCCUGCCUUGAAAUUCUGUGUUUCCAGCAGAUACAGUUAGUACAAACAGUCGACGAUCCAGUGUGCGAAGCAUAGCAUCAUUUUCCUCCUCUACUUCUUUUGCCACUUCAUCUGGAGUGUCAAGGUCGCCCAGUAGCCAGUUUCAACAAAGUCCAGAUGACAUUCCACCCAUUGAUGCCACAGCUGUAAUAGAGCUUGAGAACCACGCCCGCAGAGUUGCUGAUAACCUGGAUCUUAUGAUGGGCAACAUUCGUAACAAUUUACACAAAGUAUGGAAUACAAUUUUUAAAAUAUUUAAAAUCUUAACGGCAACUUUAACCAAAUUUUAAAGGUUAUAAUAACGCAGGCAAAUUUUGUGAGAUAAUUGUUUCCAAAUGAAUUCAUUAAGACUAAACAUCAUCAGUUUUAAUUUUAGUAUUUAUUUAACUAUGAUUAUCUCAAAUAAUGUUUUUGAGCAGAGAAAAUAAGUUCAGAUUUAAAGGUUCUGUUCUAAAUUUAAAAAAAAAUUCAAUAUGAUCAACUCACAUUGUUCUUCUUAUCAUUUAUGGUUAUUUAAAAGCAAUCAAUAAAACUCCUUAGACAAACUUGUUACAAAUGUUACGCCAACGUCUAUGUUCAAGCCUUAAAAAAACUAAAAUCAAUUAGCAUUUUUCAGAUGUCUGCAAUCACAAUUGGUUGUCAGGAUGCUUACAAACGUUCAGUUGACAUCACUUGUGACUCGGUGGACGCCAGUAUAAAGGUGAGAAUGGUUGCAUUUCUCCCACAUUAAAUGAACCUCAUUGAAUCUUAAAUAUUUCUCAAGAGAAUUUAUUUUUAGUGAAUGUAAUUUACAUUGUAAAUAAAAUAUUUGUUAAAUUGGACUUCUGUUUUGAUACAUUAACGGACUUGUAGAUUUCUGUACUGAUACAUUAAUGGACUUGUAGAUUUCUGUACUGAUACAUUAACGGACUUGUAGAUAUAUGUACUGAUACAUUAACAGACUUGUAGAUUUCUGUACUGAUACAUUAAUGGACAUGUAGAUUUCUGUACUGAUACAUUAAUUGACAUGUAUAUUUCUGUACUGAUAAAUUAAUGGUCAUGUAGAUUUCUGUAUUGAUACAUUAAUGGACUUGUAGAUUUCUGUAUUGAUACAUUAAUGGACAUGUAGAUUUCUGUAUUGAUACAUUAAUGGACUUGUAGAUUUCUGUACUUAUACAUUAAUUGACAUGUAGAUUUCUGUAUUGAUGCAUUAAUGGACAUGUAGAUUUCUGUAUUGAUACAUUAACGGACUUGUAGAUUUCUGUACUUAUACAUUAAUUGACAUGUAGAUUUCUGUAUUGAUAAAUUAAUGGACAUGUAGAUUUCUGUACUGAUACAUUAACAGACUUGUAGAUUUCUGUACUGAUACAUUAACGGACUUGUAGAUUUCUGUAUUGAUACAUUAAUGGACUUGUAGAUUUCUGUAUUGAUACAUUAACAGACUUGUAGUAUUGUAGAUUUCUGUACUGAUACAUUAACAGACUUGUAGAUUUCUGUAUUGAUACAUUAACGGACUUGUAGAUUUCUGUACUGAUACAUUAACGGACUUGUAGAUUUCUGUAUUGAUACAUUAAUGGACUUGUAGAUUUCUGUAUUGAUACAUUAAUGGACAUGUAGAUUUCUGUACUGAUACAUUAACAGACUUGUAAAUUUCUGUACUGAUACAUUAACAGACUUGUAGAUUUCUGUACUGAUACAUUAAUUGACUUGUAGAUUUCUGUACUUAUACAUUAAUUGACUUGUAGAUUUCUGUAUUGAUACAUUAAUGGACAUGUAGAUUUCUGUACUGAUACAUUAAUUGACUUGUAGAUUUCUGUAUUGAUACAUUAAUGGACAUGUAGAUUUCUGUACUUAUACAUUAAUUGACUUGUAAAUUUCUGUAUUGAUACAUUAAUGGAUAUGUAAAUUUCUGUACUGAUACAUUAACAGACUUGUAGAUUUCUGUACUGAUACAUUAACAGACUUGUAGAUUUCUGUACUUAUACAUUAAUUGACUUGUAGAUUUAUGUAUUGAUACAUUAAUGGACUUGUAGAUUUCUGUAUUGAUACAUUAACGGACUUGUAGAUUUCUGUACUUAUACAUUAAUUGACAUGUAGAUUUCUGUACUGAUACAUUAAUGGACUUGUAGAUUUCUGUAUUGAUACAAUAAUGGACUUGGAGAUUUCUGUACUGAUACAUUAAUGGACUUGUAGAUUUCUGUAUUGAUACAUUAAUUGACUUGUAGAUUUCUGUACUUAUACAUUAAUUGACAUGUAGAUUUCUGUACUGAUACAUUAAUGGACUUGUAGAUUUCUGUAUUGAUAAAUUAAUGGACUUGUAGAUUUCUGUAUUGAUACAUUAACAGACUUGUAGAUUUCUGUACUGAUACAUUAACGGACUUGUAGAUUUCUGUACUGAUACAUUAAUGGACUUGUAGAUUUCUGUACUGAUAUAUUAAUGGACAUGUAGAUUUCUGUAUUGAUACAUUAAUGGACAUGUAGAUUUCUGUACUGAUACAUUAAUGGACUUGUAGAUUUCUGUACUGAUACAUUAAUGGACUUGUAGAUUUCUGUAUUGAUACAUUAAUGGACAUGUAGAUUUCUGUAUUGAUACAUUAAUGGACAUGUAGAUUUCUGUACUUAUACAUUAAUUGACUUGUAGAUUUCUGUAUUGAUACAUUAAUGGAUAUGUAAAUUUCUGUACUGAUACAUUAACAGACUUGUAGAUUUCUGUACUGAUACAUUAACAGACUUGUAGAUUUCUGUACUUAUACAUUAAUUGACUUGUAGAUUUAUGUAUUGAUACAUUAAUGGACUUGUAGAUUUCUGUAUUGAUACAUUAACGGACUUGUAGAUUUCUGUACUUAUACAUUAAUUGACAUGUAGAUUUCUGUACUGAUACAUUAAUGGACUUGUAGAUUUCUGUAUUGAUACAAUAAUGGACUUGGAGAUUUCUGUACUGAUACAUUAAUGGACUUGUAGAUUUCUGUAUUGAUACAUUAAUUGACUUGUAGAUUUCUGUACUUAUACAUUAAUUGACAUGUAGAUUUCUGUACUGAUACAUUAAUGGACUUGUAGAUUUCUGUAUUGAUAAAUUAAUGGACUUGUAGAUUUCUGUAUUGAUACAUUAACAGACUUGUAGAUUUCUGUACUGAUACAUUAACGGACUUGUAGAUUUCUGUACUGAUACAUUAAUGGACUUGUAGAUUUCUGUAUUGAUACAUUAACGGACUUGUAGAUUUCUGUACUGAUACAUUAAUGGACUUGUAGAUUUCUGUACUGAUACAUUAACAGACUUGUAGAUUUCUGUACUUAUACAUAAAUUUUGCUCCAGUUUUUUAAACUUCCUUUCUUCUUUCAUCUUCCACCAAUGUGUCAAAACUCAAAUGAUCUCUCCCUAGUCCAUGUAUGCCCUGAUGGCCAAGUGCGAGGAAUUGAGUGCCUCAAUGGGACCUGUAGAACAACUGGCCACACAAAUGUAUCCUUUCAUAUCCCUCUUUCAUAUCCCUCUUUCAUAUCCCUCUUUCAUAUCCCUCUUUCAUAUC